CGGGCGGCUCUGGCGGCGCACGGCACACGGAGCCGGCUCCAGCAUGACUAGUCCUGGCACCAAGGCGUCCUGGCUCUCGCAGCCGGCCGUGAAGAGCGUGCUGGUGUAUCGCAACGGGGACCCUUUCUUCCCGGGGCGCCGCAUCGUCAUCCACGAGAAGAAAGUGUCCAACUUUGAUGUGUUCCUGAAAGAGGUGACGGGCGGCGUGCAGGCGCCCUUUGGAGCCGUGCGGAACAUCUAUACCCCGCGGGGUGGGCAUCGUGUCCGGCAGCUGGAGGAGCUCCAGAGUGGGGAGCAGUAUGUGGCUGGUGGCAGGGAGGCCUUCAAGAAACUCAACUAUUUGGACAUUGGAGAAACAAAGAAAAAACCUGCUGAAGUCAAUAAUGAGGUCAAGCCAGUUACUCACAGUAAGAUCACUGUGUCAGCACGGUUUCGAAAGCCUCUCCAGGAGCCCUACACUAUCUUCCUGAUUGCUAAUGGCGACCUUAUUAGCCCUGCAGCGCGCCUCCUCAUUCCCAGGAAAACACUGAAUCACUGGGAUCAUAUUCUUGAAAUGGUUACAGGAAAAGUUACCCUCAGAAGUGGAGCUGUUCACAGACUCUACACUGUAGAUGGAAAACUUGUUCAGAAUGGGUCAGACUUGGAGAAUGGGCAAAUUUACGUUGCAGUAGGUAGAGAAAAAUUUAAAAAAUUGCCGUAUGGUGAUCUGCUGUCCAAAUCUACAACGAGAAGGCCACAGGGUUCCAAAACCUCUGUACUACCUCCGAUUGUGGGAUCUCGAAAGUCUAAAGGCAGUGGAAAUGAUCGGCAAUCUAAAUCUACCAUUGGAUCCAGUGACCAGGGAGAAAAUAGUUCCUCACCUCAGCUUCCCAAAAGAAAAGACAAAAAAAGCCAGAACCCAGAGAAUUCUGUGUCCAGGCAACACUUUUCUAACCGCUCUACAAAAGUAAAACAGAUGGUAAAAGCUUCCACAGGAGUCCUUCAAGAUAAUGGUGAGGAUAUUUACAGAGCCAGAGAAGAAGGGUCUGAAAUGUGGGGGGCAGUUGAAGUGCAAGAAGAUGAAGAUACUCUUGUGGAAGUUCCACUGGACCAGAGACCAGCAGAAACUGUAGAUGAAGAAGAAAAUGUAGAAGAAGAAAAUGACAGGGGAGAGGAGGCAUAUAAAGGAGAGGAAGAAUAUCCAGAAGUGAAUGGAGAGGAAAGUGGGGAAACUGUUAAAGAAAGAAUUGAAGUGGAAGAAAACAAAAAGAAAUUAAAUGAAAAUUAUGAAGAUGAAGCAGGAGAAACACAGCAUGUUGACCAAGCAGAGGAAAAGGAACUUACCCAUUUAAAUGGUGAAAACAAUGAAGGAAAUGGUGAGGGAAUGGAACAUUUGAAGUACCAAGGUGAUCUUCAGCCUGAAGAAGAAAUAAAAGAGGAUUCUGACAAUCAGAACCAGGUUGAUCCCGGUCUUGAAAAGACAUCCACAAAUCCAAGGGUGACAGUCACCAGCCCACAGGAAAGUGAAAAGAAUGACCAGAGCAAUGACUAUGCGGCAGUUGCAUAAACAGGAAAAAAGUAAUGAGCAGAAAAUGAAAAAGGAUAACACUUUAAAUGUAAAGCAUGUUAUUUUUUUGUGUUUGGUAACUUACAUUAGAAGGGCAGGUGGAGUACCCACAUAAUAAGUCGUGAGAUGAUGAUGCUCUGUGGACUGAUGAAAAGCAAGCAUUUAUAUCUGCUAGAAGAACAUAGAAUUAUUUUUACAAGUUGAGAUUUUCUGCUAGAAUUUGAGGGGGAAAAUACAAGAGUACUUUAUAGUAGUAUUAGAAAUGAACUAUUCUAUGAUAUGAGAUAGCAGCAAUAGAAUAACCACAAAAAUUGCACUGUUCCAGGGAAAGGAAAAGAGACCCACUCAGAUUUAAUGUCAAAACUUCUUUGCAGAUUUGUUCAGGAAAAUAAACUAUUUUUUACCUUUUAACUAGGACAUGUGUAGUUUUUCAUCUAAAAUUCCAUAUGAUAGGUAUAAUUUUCAGAUAUAACAUUAAGAUAUAACUAGAUUAUGUUCCUCACCCAAUGGAUUUAUGCCCACAGAAACCAGUUUACUAUUGUGAGGGGCCAGUUCAAUGUUACUAAAUAGUCUAUUUUCAGUAUAUUAAUUAGAAUUUCUAGGUUUUGCAUACAUAAAUAGAACUUAUUUAGUACUAUGAAUACAUAUGGACAGCCUACAAUACUGCAGCUUGUUUCUAUUUAAAACAGAAAAUUUUGUUGUUUAUCCUGCACUAAUUUACUAAAUAGUGAAUUAUUGUCAUCAUGAACAAAAAAAUAAAGGAAGAAUAUGUAGCAGAUUAGUUUAAAAAGUUGAAUUUGAAUGGAUUUGUAAUUCAGUCUAAGAGAAACUUAAUUUAUUAAUGAACUAAAAAAAAGAACAUGCCUAGAUUCAUACUGAAACUUCCAUGAAACCAUUGCUGUUGAUGGAGCCAUUUUAAUAUGUGAGACAUCAGAAUGAGCCCACCAGCUUUCUGUAAAAGUCAGGAACGAUUGUUGCAUUUAUGAACCCUUUGCAUAGCCUUAAUGGUUGGAAGUGUGUAAUCAUCCUUUUGAGCCAGCUGUCUCCUGAUAGGCUGUGGAUUAAUAUGCAUUAGUAAAUAAGGCAUUGAUCCACGGUAUUAGUUCUCUUAAUGACAGUGAUUCCAUUGCUCUUAUCAUUUCUCUGUUAGUAAUGGAAAUAAUUUGUAGUUCGUAGAAAUACAGCCCUGAGCGUAAUUUUAUUAAUUAUACAAAAGAAAUAGUGGGUUUCCUUAUCGUUAAUGCUAGUAAAUUAUUACUACAAGAAACUUAAUGUCAUUUUUUGUUGAUUUUAUGCCAUUAAGACAAGAAUUACAUUUAUGAACAAAUUGAACUUGAAGCACUGUUUAAGGAAGAACCACUUGUCAUAACUGAAACUCAAACAAACACCUUCUCUUCUGCUAGUUAUUAACUGUAUUUUUCCAAUGUAAUAGAAAUAGGUGAAGAUCCUUCAGCAUAUUUCUGUGCUUUGGCAAUGUAAGUAUAAAAGACGUGUUAAAAAAAACUUACGAACAGCGUUAGAACAGUUUGCCCUGUGUCAUCUCUGAAUUGUCUGUGAAACCUUCUUGAGACCUUCUGUCUAUGAAACCUGUAGCUUCUGUUGAGCUGCCUGUCAAAGAUCGAAGGGAAUACUGCAUUUGUGAUCAGUUCAAAAGAAGCUCCUAAUUUAGUCAAGCUCUUAAGCAAAGUAUGCAUGCUUCCUUUUUUUGUGGUAGCAAUUAAGCCUAUGCUCAAAUAUUUGGUUUCUCUGGGAUUUCAAAAGACAUAGUUAAGUAGAAGUAAAAACUGACCCAACUCUCGCCAGAAAAACAAAACAAACAAAAAUCCCAAAACAAAACCAAAAAAAGCCUGAACCAGAAUGGAUAAAAUAACUGUGGGUGAUGGUAAGGUAAAAUGACACAGGGUGCCUUUAUUGCCGGUUUCUAUUUAUAGCUUCUGAGUCC